UGCUACAAUGGCUGGUGAAGUUUGACAUUACAGUGCUGGACAGAUCUUGUUUUACAUUAUCUUUAUUUUUUCUUGUUUUGGUUAUACAUUUUCAGUAUGUGGUGAGAAUUUGUUCAGGCUUGUGACCAGCAAAACAACAAUUUAUCUUCUGGUCUGUUAUGAUGGACUACAACAACAUUGCUGAUGAAGUUACGGAAAAAAUCUUGUCAUACUGGAAAGAUGAUUGUGGAUGGAAGUUGGCAAAGCAUGCUAAAGGUGUUACAGUAUCGUGGAAGCCAUCAACUGAAUAUGCAGGGCAUUUAUACAGAGGGGAGGGAAUAAUAGAAGAAAUCCCAGAAAAAAUAAUCCCAUUCAUGUAUCUCCCUGAUCACAGGAAGAAGUGGGACCAGUCACUGAAGUCAUACAGGCUUGCUGAGGUGAUUGACCAGGACACUAUGAUUUCACAUAGUAUUACACAUAGUUAUGGAAUGGGAAUAAUUUCAUCGAGGGACUUUGUUGACCUUAUCCGGAUCAAGAGAUAUCCAUGUGGUACUAUAACUACUAACUCAGUCAGUGUGAAGUGCACUAGUUGUCCUCCAAAUGCAGCUUCUGUUCGUGGACAUAACAAUCCAUGUGGUUAUGUCUGCUCACCUCUGCCAGAAAAUCCUGCACAUUCCAAAAUAAUGGUGUUUGUUCAGCCUGAACUGGGAGGAAUGCUGCCACAUUCUGUAGUGGAAGCAGCAGUGCCUAAUAACUUAAUUUCCUUAAUUAGUGAUGUACGAGAUGGAUUAAAGACUCUACGUGGCACAGCAUAAUAUGUUAAACUA